AUGAAUGAGAGUCAAAAAUUUUCAAAUAUCUAUAGAAGAUUUUCAAUAAUUUCUGUUACUAUUUCAACAUUUACUGUUAUUAUUUGUAUCUUUGUUGUACCAUUAUUUUUUAAUUAUCUUUUAAAAAUUCAAAGUUUAAUAAAUGAAGAUUCCAAAUAUUGUUAUAUUAAAAGUAAUAAUAUUAAACUUCAAAUUGAAAAAAUUAAAUUUUUAACUGAAAAAAAAGAAUCUUUAAGAUAUAAAAGAUCUGUUGAUAAAUGUUGUGGUUGUGGAAUAGGACCUAUUGGUAAACCAGGUUUACCUGGGCCUAAUGGAUUACCGGGACCUGAUGGAUUACAGGGAGAAAAUGGAAAAGAUGGUCUUGAACCUGUUUUAUCAAAAGAAUCACUUUUUAUUGAUUUUUGUUUUGAAUGUGAAAUAGGUAAACCAGGAAAACAAGGAAAACCUGGAGAAAAAGGAAUAAAAGGUAAAAAUGGUUUACCAGGAAUAAAUGGUAAACCAGGCAUACCUGGUAAACCUGGAUUACAAGGAGCAAUUGGAAUUCCAGGAAAACCAGGUAUAACUGGUAAACCUGGUUCUCCAGGUAAUUCUGGUAAAAAUCAUAUUAUAUUUGUAUAUGGAUUAGAUGGAAUUCAAGGACCACCUGGAGUUCCUGGUUUACCUGGAAUAAAAGGAAAUAAAGGACCUAAUGGACAAAAAGGUGAAAAAGGACAAAUUGGUUUUAAAGGAGAAAAAGGAAAACUAGGUAUUCCUGGUAAAAAUGGUGUACCAGGUCCUCCUGGAAAUAUGGGAAAACAAGGAUCAACUGGUGUUUGUAAUUGUCCUGUUCCACGAACGGCACCAGGUUAUUAA